AUGCCUCUAUACAAUACAAAACCCGUUUUCUUAAUCCUUCUUCCACUCCUCAUGCUCCAUCAUAAUUGGAAUUUAUCUUUUGAAUUCUCGAAUUUUUUUGGUCCAUAUAGAAACGAAAUCAUCACCUACCAAGGUGAUGCCAUUGCAUCAAAUGGUACCAUUCAACUUACUAAAGUAGAAAACGGCAUAAACAAGCCAUUUAGUGUUGGCAGAGCCUCUUAUGCUAUUCCAAUACACCUUUAUGACCCUAAAAUUGGUCUUGUAAGUUUUACAACCACAUUCUCUUUUAUUGUAAGAUCAAAUGGACAAAUCGUCGGAGAUGGAAUUGCAUUUUUCAUUGUUGGACCUAAUCACUCGAAGAUUCCAGAAUCUUCGAGUGGUGGGUAUCUUGGCCUUUUCAGUCCUGAGACUGCUUUUAAUAGCCUUCAAAAUCAAAUUGUUGCCGUUGAAUUUGAUACGUUUGCAAAUGAGUGGGACCCACCAUAUGCGCAUGUGGGUAUUAAUAUAAAUUCCAUUCGUUCGCUACAAACGGAAAGAUGGGGAAUUGAGAGUGGUGAUAACGUUUUAACAACGGUGGUUGCUACAAUUAAUUAUGAUGCUCUUUCACAAAGGUUAAGCGUUGUUGUAAAUUCGGUGAAUAGAACUACAAUUAGCCUUUCAGAGGUGAUUGAUUUGAGGGCAUUUCUGCCGGAAUGGGUUAUCGUUGGGUUCUCUGGUGCCACGGGAGGAUUUGUUGAAACACACAAGAUUCUUUCUUGGAAUUUCAACUCUAGCAAGAAUUAG